GCUGCCCUGGAGCCUUGAUCCUCCUGAUCUCUGCUUGCUGAGUAGCUAGGAUUAUAGACAUGAACCACAGGCCCAUCGGGGGAUUUUUCUUGUUUUAGUUGACAGAAUAAGCAGUUUGAAAUCAGGAGUUCCUGCUUCCCCACCUGCUGUUCUUGGUGGUAACUUGAGGUUGCCUCAUCUACUGUUACCCAUGUUGCUAUUCAAACGCCUUGACAGCUAUGAAAGGGUUUGUUUAGUUUUUAUGGUCCUGGGUUUGUAACCCAGGGCCUGGCACAUGCCUGGCAAGCCCUCUAGGCCGAGCACAUCCCCAGCCUGGAAGAGUUGGAACCAGAGAGCUCCUUAAAGUGAAGAGUUUGCCAGAGGAAUUUUCCAAGUGCGCAGAAGCCAGGAUCUACAGUGUCUGUUCAGGAAGACAAAGUGGGAUUUGAAGAUCUGCUUUUCCUCCAGCCAUGGCAGGCCAGGGCCUGCCCCUUCAUGUGGCCACCCUCUUGACAGGGCUGCUGGAAUGCCUUGGCUUUGCUGGUGUCCUCUUUGGCUGGGCUUCUCUAGUAUUUGUCUUCAAAACUGAGCAUUACUUUAAGGAGCUGUGUGAACCAAAUGCUGGGCUCCUGAGCAAUGCCACAGAGCAGGCUGACUGCAAAGGCCAGGAUGAGAGGUUCUCGCUCAUCUUCACCCUGGCAUCCUUCAUGAACAACUUCAUGACAUUCCCCACUGGCUACAUCUUUGACCGUUUCAAGACCACUGUGGCCCGCCUCAUAGCCAUAUUUUUCUACACCAGUGCCACACUCAUCAUAGCCUUCACCUCUGUGGACUCUGCCCUGCUGCUUUUCCUGGCCAUGCCAACACUCACUGUUGGUGGAAUCCUGUUUCUUAUCACCAACCUGCAGAUUGGGAACCUAUUUGGCAAACACCGUUCAACCAUCAUCACCCUCUACAAUGGAGCAUUUGACUCUUCCUCAGCAGUCUUCCUUAUCAUCAAGCUUCUUUAUGAACAGGGCAUCAGCAUUAGGGCCUCCUUCCUCUUCCUCUCUGCCUGCAGUGUCUGGCAUGUUGGACGUACUUUCCUCCUGAUGCCUCGGGGACACAUUCCUUACCCACUGCCCCCCACCUACAGUUAUGGCCUGUGCUCUGAGUUUGGCACCAGAAAGGAAGAGAAGAAAACAGCUGAGUGUGAAAACGUGGAACUGCAGUCAAAGGAGGUCUUUUCCCCAAAGGAAGAGAGCCAAGACCCAGGGCAGCAGCAUGAACUCCGCUCUUUCCAGAGCUGCGUUCUUUCUCGGCGCUUUAUCUGGCACUUCAUAUGGCUGUCUGUGAUACAGUUGUGGCACUACCUCUUCAUUGGCACUCUCAACUCUCUGUUGACCAACUUGGCUGGUGGGGACAGGGUACAAGUCAGCGCCUACAUAAAUGCCUUCGCCAUCACUCAGUUCUUUGGAGUGCUGUGUGCCCCCUGGAAUGGGCUUCUCAUGGACUACCUUAAACAGAAGUACCAGAAGAAAACAGGAAAGACAGGUACUUCAGCCUCUGCUGCAGCCCUCUGCUCUGCGGUGCCUUCACUGGCUCUGACGUCUCUGCUGUGCCUGGGCUUUGCCCUCUGUGCCUCAGUCCCAGUCCUCUCACUCCAGUAUGCCACCUUCAUCCUGCAAGUGGUCAGCCGCUCCUUCCUCUAUGGGGGCAAUGCUGCCUUCCUCACUCUUGCAUUUCCUUCUGAGCACUUUGGAAAGCUCUUCGGGCUGGUGAUGGCCUUGUCGGCCAUUGUGUCUCUGCUCCAGUUCCCCAUCUUCACUCUAAUCAAAGGUCCCCUCCAGAAUGACCCCUUCUAUGUGAAUGUGACGCUUGUGCUUGCCACUCUUCUGACCUUUGUCCACCCCAUCCUGGUGUACCUCGAAUGCCGCGCUCAGAAAGAAAGCCCUUCUUCAAACCUGUAGUUCAGAAGCCAUCUCUUUUCAGAUGCUUUUCCUAAUCUUUUCUCACCUUUGAUGACCCAGUGUCCACAAAGACUUUGCCUGCUUAGGCAACUUUUAUUAAGUAGCCGUUAUUGAGAGAGAGAAAGAGAGGGAGAUAGACCUAACUGUCUGCCAGGACUUCUGAUCAGCAAGGAAAGAAUCUGAGCUGCCACACCCAAAGCAAAAGCACCUGGAAAUUCUCCCUGGUUUUGAAGCAGGCAGUGGCUUCCUGCACGUGGCCUCACAGAUCCUUACUGAAAGGGAAGUCAUAUAGAAUAUGAGGUGUGUCAUUGGCUCAUGUAUGCUGGAAUCUCUGCUGCCAGGUAAAUUUGCAGGUGCAAUAUGAGGUUGUUAAUGGCCUCAGCUGUUUCUGGCAUUCAAAGGUGAUACCAGCAGAAGCCCCAGUUCUGCCUCAGAAAAAACAUACUGUUUGGAGAGCUCACCAUCAGCUUUGGGGGAAAGAGUUGGAGAUGGAGUCCCCUGGGCCUAAGUCAUAGCUCUCCCCUAAUCCUGGAUGACCUUGGGCUGACCCUUCUCAGAUCUGAGCACCACUUUUCCCAUGUGUAAAAUGAGAGAAUUUGGAGUUGAAAGUUCUUUCUGGAGCUAAUAUCCUGGAUGGUUUUAAGAACUGUGACAGAGAGUCAGGUUAGGCCAAGGGCCUUGGGAACCAGCUAGUCUACUGGGCAGAAAGAUUUCUGAUGAGCCUUCCUGGGGAUGUUUCCUCUUCAGGAACUGGUAUUAACUUUGGUCAUUUUAUAAAACAUUUCCCUAGAGAAUAAUUUUAUAGAAUAAUAAAGGCUCUGUGUUUAAGGCAACUACUGUUCCACAUUUCUGAUUUGGGGCUGGCAUGUGUGAGUGUACAUGUGUGCACCUGUGCCUCGUGGAGUGAGUACAAGAGUGGAGGUGGAAGAAUAGAGGCAGCUCGACACAGAGCAGGGGCACGGAAGCCAGCCACCUUCCUGGUCUGGGUCUUGGGACAUGAGCGCUGAGAUCCUUCUUCUUCCUCCUCACAUUCUUUAGCCUCAAAAGAAUCGCCUACUCUCACUCAGCUAGAAGCACUAGUUAGAACUGGAAGCUCCCGGUUUGAGUCUCAGUUCUGCUCCCAGCAGCAAUUUCCUUUCCUGCAAAGUGCAGUUAAUAAUUUCUAUCCCUGAGGGCAAUUGUGAGAAUGUAAAGUAACUCCUCCUGUCUAGUAUGAGGUGGGAGCCCAUGAGUGUUUGUAACUUUAUUUACUCAUGACCACAGGGAAAAGGGUCACAAGGAGAAAGAAGGUGAAGGGCUGGAAGAGAGAUGAGACAUGGACAAGAUGGGAGACUUUAGAAUAUACCAGCUGUUUAUUUCCACAUGGCCAGGAGGGGUGCUGGGAAAGGACAACUGAAGGGGGAAGGAGUGGAGGGAUU